AUGUCUGCUCCUGCUGCUUUCUCCGACAUCGCCAAGGCGGCCAACGAUCUUUCUCUUCUAGCCAACCUUGAGGUCAAGUCCAAGGCUCCCAAUGGCGUCACCUUCACCGUGAAGGGCAAGUCUGCCCACGAGGGUCCCAUCUCCGGCAACCUCGAGGCCAAAUAUGUCGACCAGCCUACUGGUACGCGCCCCAAACACCGCCAACAUGUCUUGCGCAAACCACCAGACCCCAAUGAUCCCCGCUUGCGCGAGUCGGGGCACAUGGUUUUUCUCACCUGUGCCCAUACCGUGUCCAAGCUUGCUUGGACUACCGCCAACGCCCUCGACACCAAGCUCGAGCUCGACAACAACAUUGCCAAGGGCCUCAAGGCUGAGAUCCUCACCCAGUACCUCCCGGCUAAGCAGUCCAAGGGUGCCAAGCUCAACCUCUACUUCAAGCAGCCCAACCUCAACGCCCGUGCCUUCUUUGACCUCCUGAACGGUCCCUCCGCCAACUUCGACGCUGUCCUCGGUCACGAGGGCUUCCUCGUCGGUGCUGAGGGUGGCUACGACGUCCAGAAGGCUGCCAUCACCAAGUACUCGGCUGCCGUUGGCUACAGCGUUCCCCAGUACACUGCUGCCAUCACUGCCGGCAACAACCUGACCGUCUUCUCGGCCAGCUACUACCACCGCGUCAACGCUCAGGUUGAGGCCGGUGCCAAGGCCACCUGGGACUCCAAGGCCGGCAACUCCGUUGGCCUUGAGGUCGCCAGCAAGUACCGCCUGGACCCCUCUUCCUUCGCCAAGGCCAAGAUCAACGACCGUGGUAUUGCCGCUCUGGCCUACAACGUCCUCCUCCGCCCUGGUGUGACUCUCGGCCUUGGUGCUUCCUUCGAUACCCAGAACCUCAACCAGGCUGCCCACAAGGUUGGCGCCAGCUUCACCUUUGAGGCUUAA